AUGAGACUCGCGCACCUCCACCUCCCCCACACAACGCCCUUCAGCCGCGUCUCGCACAUCCAACAAACCCUCACAACCAACCUCCUCACGCACAAAAAGCUCGCUUCCCCAGGCUCAAUAUCCUCACAGGAUCUGAGUAGCUCAAGCGCCAUACUCGCCAAGUACCCACCUCCACCCCCAGACCCAACAAUCAUCACCUUCACCCCAAACCCCGUCUACACCACCGGCCGCCGCGACCUCCCACCUUCAAACACAAGUCCACCCGACACGAAAAACUCCAACCUCUCCCUCCCCUCACCUCUCGAACCAAUCCGCUCCCUCCUCACCCCGCAUGGCAGCCAACCACCAAAGGCAGAGUACCACCCCACUCUCCGCGGUGGACAGACAACCUACCACGGGCCGGGCCAGAUGGUCGCGUACACGAUCCUGGAUCUCAAGCGACUAGGCCUAACACCCCGGUGCCACAUCCGUCUUCUAGAGAACAGCGUCAUCGACCUACUGAAGAGCUACGGUGUAGAGGGGUUUACGACAGAAGAUCCGGGGGUGUGGGUGAAGCCAGGAUCAGGAUCGCAACCGAGGAAGAUCACAGCUGUGGGAGUGCAUUUGCGACGUAACAUCAGCAGCUUUGGAAUCGGGCUUAACGUCACGGAUGAGCCGAUGUGGUUCUUUAAGCAGAUUGUAGCUUGUGGACUAGAGGGCAAGGAGGCUACUAGUCUACAGGGUGUGGGUGUUCCAGGAUUAGAUAUUGGGGAUGUUGCUGCUGCAUUUGUGGAGAAGUUUGUUAAUCGGGUUAAUGCGGAUUUUGCAUGCGGGGAGAAUUCGCUGGGGGAGAAGAUUGAUGAGGUUUAUCAGGUUCGGGAGGAGGAUUUGUUAUAG